UCCUGCUGGAAGCCCCACUGGCUGGCUCUGCUGCCGGAGGGGAGGCGGCCCGGGGAGGCCACCGGGACCCACCGAGCUCCAAGCUCCCGUGGGCAGGGCCGCUGGGGACCGGAGCGGGGCUGCUGAGCCGCGUGCUGGGAACUGGGAAGCGGCCCCGCUGGCAGGAUGAAGCUGCUGGCCUGGGCCCUGCGCCUCCGCCUUCCCGGGCUCACGGCCGGGCGGGCACCUGCCUGGGAGCGCCUGGGGCCCCGGAGCUCCGUGGGGCUGUGGCCGCCACACUGGGCCCCCAUCCGGGCUUUUGGAAGCAAGUAUGGACCUUCUGCCUCUGGAAGGAUCAUGCGGCCCGACGACGCCAACGUGGCCGGCAACGUGCACGGAGGGACCAUCCUGAAGAUGAUCGAGGAGGCGGGCGUCAUCAUCAGCACCCGGCACUGCAACAGCCAGAACGGGGAGCGCUGCGUGGCCGUCCUGGCCCGGGUCGAGCGCACCGACUUCCUGUCGCCCAUGUGCAUCGGCGAGGUGGCGCACGUCAGCGCGGAGAUCACCUACACGUCCAAGCACUCGGUGGAGGUGCAGGUCCACGUCAUGUCUGAGAACAUCCUCACAGGUACCAAAAAGCUGACCAACAAGGCCACCCUGUGGUACGUGCCCCUGUCGCUGAAGAAUGUGGACAAGGUCCUGGAGGUGCCUCCGGUUGUGUACUCUCGGCAGGAGCAGCAGGAGGAGGGCCGCAGGCGCUACGAGGCCCAGAAGCUGGAGCGCAUGGAGACCAAGUGGAGGAACGGGGACAUCGUGCAGCCCGGCCUGAACCCAGAGCCGAACACGGUCAGCUACAGCCAGUCCAGCUUGAUCCACCUGGUGGGGCCUUCGGACUGCACGCUGCACGGCUUUGUGCACGGAGAUUCCAGCUCAGAGAACACAGGCCUUGGAGUUCCCAGCUCGGGAAACACGGCGGGCACACAAGAGGACUUAUUAGACGCAGGCGUCACCAUGAAGCUCAUGGACGAGGUGGCCGGCAUCGUGGCCGCACGGCACUGCAAGACCAACAUAGUCACGGCUUCUGUGGACGCCAUCAACUUUCACGACAAGAUCAGAAAAGGCUAUGUCAUCACCAUCUCGGGGCGCAUGACCUUCACGAGCAAUAAGUCCAUGGAGAUCGAGGUCCUGGUGGACGCCGACCCCGUGGUGGACAACACGCAGCCGCGCUACCGGGCGGCCAGUGCCUUCUUCACCUACGUGUCCCUGAGCCAGGAGGGCAGGUCGCUGCCAGUGCCCCAGCUCGUGCCCGAGACCGAGGACGAGAAGAAGCGCUUUGAGGAAGGCAAAGGGCGGUACCUGCAGAUGAAGGCGAAGCGGCAGGGCCAGGUGGACCCGCAGCCCUAGAUGCCUCCUCCCCUGCUGGGCUCGGAGCAGCCCCAGCACCCCACCACUCAGAAGUGACCCCCUUGGCCAAAACCCACUUCCCGUUGAGAGCUGGUGUUGUGUGCAGUGUUUGUCCCGCAGUGUUAACCUGCCUUCCCGAAUGUACACCAAAGCUUUAUUUAUAUAUCCCGUUGUUGUCCUCACAGCAUCGUCCGGCCCACACUCCCAGGCGCUGGGGAGCAUUCCACGCAGUGCGGUCUGUCAGGACUCCAGCCUCACUAAUAAAGCUGCUGUUCAGCCGGA